GUUGAACGUGAAUCAAUAGAUUUAGUACAUAAGACUUUAUCAGUGUAUAAUAAGGAGAUGUUAUGUUCAGCCGGAAUUUUAGCUCGUAUAGUGUAUGACGAUGAAAUGAAUCAAAUUUCAAGGCUAUGUAUGGAUAUUGACCCAAAAUUAUUAAACUCUGAUGAUAAACAAGAUAAAGAAGGUUUUGAAUAUUUACAGGAAUGUUCUGUGCACAUUUUACAACACUUUACAUUCAAAACAAGCACGCCUAAUAAUAUGGUUGCAAAGAUCAUUGAAUCUCAAUUUUUUGACUGCACAAAAAAAUCGCUACAAAUUUUAUCUACUCAUGGUGUUCUGCCAAUUAAUUCCGUGCGACUUCCAAAUAAAGAGGUGGUUUCAUUUAUUCAAACAAUUCCUAUGGUCCCAUUCUCAUUGUUUACCGAGUGUUCGGAAUUUUUCACAAUAGCAAAAGAUGUUCUGAAAUGCAUUAGUGAGAUUUCAAUCGAUGAUGUGUUUGAGGAACUAGAAAGACGUCGAUUAAAUGACGAAGAAUUAUCAGAUUUGUUCAAGUGGUGGAUAGGGUACCGUUCCAAAAACUAUAUAACCGAUGAACAAUUUCGUAAAUUUAUGCGCCUCGUUUCUAUAGGAGACGAUCUUACACCUCUUAAUCAUAUUUGCUACUUCUUAAACCCACAUGUUAUUCCACCAACUAUUGAAGUUCCACCAAAUGUUUUACCUUACUCUAUUA